AUGCAACUACGGGUAUUGACGGGUGUAAACCUGUACAUUGCCCUCGGGGCUGUAACCACCCUUUGGGUGCUCACCAAACUCAUCACAAUCUUCCGCAACCCCAUUUCAAGGGUACCCGGUCCGUGGUACACGCACUUCACAGCCCUGCCCAACCAAAUGUCCAUGUUCAAGGGCUUUACUCCCGGACACGCCCACAAGCUACAUCAAAAAUAUGGACGCAUCGUUCGCACCGCGCCCAACGAGAUCAGCAUCGCCGACAUGGACGACAUCAAAAAGGUCUACGGCCACAAGGAGACCUUCCUCAAGCACCCGGCCUACCGCGCGCUGGCGCCCAGCAAGGUCGACUCCAUGUUCAACACGAGCGAUGUCGAGCUGCACCGCCGCUACCGCCGCCUCCUCGCCUCGCCCAUGUCCGAGUCGUCGCUCAAGACGGCCAUCCCGGACGUCCACUCGCGCGCCACCGCCGCCGUCUACAGGAUGUCCGAGGAGCUGCAGUCGCGCGGCGUCAUCGACGUCUACAAGUGGUGGUUCUUUUACACCACCGACACCCUAGGCGAGCUGACCUUUGGGUCGUCGUUUAACAUGAUUGAGAGCGGCAAGAAAAACCAAUACUUUGAAGACAUCCUCGCGGUCAACAAAUUCGGCGGCAUCCGCCUGCUCGUCCCCGGCCUCACCAAGCUCGCCCAGUACAUCACCAUCCCCGUCGUCGACAACGCCGUCGCCGGCGGCCAGCGCAUGCGCGCCUACGCGCAGCAGUCCAUCGCGCGCCAAAAGGCCGCCGCGCUCUCCGGCGACGACAAGGCGCGCGGCACGCUCUUCAGCAAGGUCUUCCAGGCCAAGGACGACGACACCCUCACCGAGGAGGAGGUCACCGUCAACGCGCAGACCUACAUCGUCGCCGGCUCCGACACCACCAGCAACACCCUGACCUACCUGACCUGGGCGGUGGCGCAGCGGCCCGACAUCCGCGCCAAGCUGGUCGGGGAGGUGGCGAGCUUGCCGGACGGGUUCACGGAGGCGGACACGCGUGGGCUGAGAUACUUGGAGAUGGUGAUUGCGGAGACGAUGAGGCUGCACGCGGCGGCGCCGUGCUCGCUGGCGAGGGUCGUGCCCCCCGGGGGCGUGAGUCUGGCCGGCGGGUAUCAUGUGGAGGAGGGCACGACGAUCGGGUGUCAGGGGUACACGCUGCACCGCGACGCGGAGGUCUUUCCGGAGCCGGAGGAAUUUCGGCCGGAGCGCUGGGAGAACCCGACGAGGGCGAUGAAGGAGGCCUACAUGCCGUUUGGCCGGGGCGCGAGAACUUGCGUCGGCUCACACCUCGCCAUGAUUGAGAUUCGUCUUGGUGUCUGCCUCUUCUUCCGCCAGUUCCCUAACGCCACUGUGUCUACCAAGGAGGGCAUGUCGGACGCGGACAUGGAGUCCAAGAUUUACUUUCUCAACAGUCCUGCUGGAAAGCGCUGCCUCAUUGAGGGUUGA